UGGUUGGUUAAUUUGCGAAUUGCGAUCUGCUGUGUCGUCCUAGUUAAGUGAAAGCUCUACAUUUAUUUAUUUUUACAAUUGUUACAAUUUCACGUGUAAACAUACUAAAUUAACGAUAAAUAUGUCGUCCAACAGCAAUGAUGAUAGUUCAAACGAAAAUACCUGUGUUGUAUGCUUCAAAAAUGUGGACAUAUUUUCGGUUGGUGACUGCGAUCACCCAGUUUGCUAUGAGUGUUCAACACGAAUGAGGGUUUUAUGCAGACAAAAUGAAUGUCCAAUUUGUAGACAUGACAUGCAAAGGGUGAUAUUUACAAGGUCUGUCCGCCCGUUUAAGCAGCUGGAACGAAGUCUCAGUCUGAGGACAGCUGUUGAUCGCAAGUUCCAGAUAGUGUUUGAGAGUCCAGAUAUUCAGGCUGCGUAUGAUGCUUUGCUUGCUCAUGUCUGUCCCAAAUGUCCAACCCGUCACGCAUUCCAGACAUUUAACCAUUUGCGUGACCAUGUGCGGAAGGAACACGAACUCUUUUACUGCGAUCUGUGUGUUGACAAUUUAAAGAUUUUAACACGAGAACGCAAAUGCUACUCAAGGCGAGACUUGGCUCUUCACCGGAGACAGGGUGACGCAGACGAUCGCUCUCAUCGUGGCCAUCCUCUCUGCGAAUUCUGCGAUCGAAGAUACAAUGACAACGACGAGUUAUAUAGACAUUUGCGGAGAGACCAUCUCUUCUGCCACUUCUGUGAUGCGGACGGACUGCAUCAAUACUACGACUCAUACGAUGUUCUGCGCAACCAUUUCCGAGAUCAACAUUAUCUGUGUGAAGAAGGUGAAUGUUACGAGGAGAAGUUUACCCCUGCUUUUCGGACUGAGAUUGACUUGAAAGCCCACAGAGCGUCAGUACAUGGACGACAGAUGAGCAAGGCAGCAGCCAAGCAGGCGAGAACACUAGAGCUGGCGUUCACACUAAAGCCGAGACCUAGACAGACAGACCACCGCAGGGGCGGGGGCAGAUCCUCACGCUACCAGAACAGUCACAGUGACGAGGAGGAAGGAGCCGUGGGAGGUGUGGCUGUAGACUGUCGCACUUCACAGCAGACGACGUCCGCUCCAAGCUUCUCCAAGAUCAACACAGCUAGUACCGACGAUUUCCCUUCCCUUGGAGGGUCCGUCGGUGCCUCAUCACUACAAGGAGUUCACUUCCGUAAGCCCGGAGUCACUAUACGCACUGGUGGUGGCCUAGCUAUUAGGGAGGAAGACUUCCCGGCGCUGGGACCUGAUGGCGCAGCUUCAGUCAGUCUCCGAGUCAAUACCACCGGCAGCGCUGCAGAGCGUACGAGGAACAAACCCAAUGUGUCUAUACACGUCAACCACCGACCUGUGGCAUUGUCUCGGCCGAGGGACCCAUUUCCAGCGUUGGCAAACGAUUUCCCAGCAUUAAGUAUGAAAACAUCCGCUCAGAAUACAUCUCAGUGGACAGCCAAAGAAACGAGGGAUGAACCCAAGUUUGCUUUGAAAACGAAACCUCAGGUUCAGCCUUAUCAAAAAGCCAAGGAGAAUCAACAGAAAGCCAAGGAGAAUCAACCGAAAGCCAAGGAGAAGAAAAUGAUGUUUGACGAUGACUCUUAUGAACAAAACGACUUUCCCGCUCUGAAAGGAAAUGUGCCUUCACACAUUGCUAAUUUAGCUUCGACCCAAUGGUCAUCCGGUCGUGAACCUGAAGCGAAAUUCACGGUAAAUAAAAACUCCAAUCAGCCUCAACCGCCUCCUAAGCCUCCUCAACCAAAGAAAUUCCACAUCGAGGACGACUUUCCCAGUUUGAACUCGAGGUUCGAUGCAAGCUGUAGUUUCUCUCAGGAAGUGAAUGGAAAAAAGAAGAAAGAUGUAACCCCCGCCCAGAGUGAAAACGAUUGGACCAAAGUCGUCAAAGGCAACGAUAACAUUUCAAGUGACAGUGAGGUGAACGGCAAGAAAGGGAAGAAGAAGAAGGCAAAAAGUAAAAAGGAACCCGAGGUGAAGAGUAAGGUCAGCAACACGAAUAACAGCAGUGAAAAGAAAAAGCAUAAAGGAGAUGAAUCUUUGCAGUCUAGUGAAAAACCAAAAAACAAAGAGAAGAAGCGCACAGAGUUGACUAUCGAGAGUUUGAAUGGUCAUUCGCAGCCAGAAAGUUCGAUCAACAGUAACGAUUUCCCGACGUUAAACAGUAAUAGGUUGCCACCAGGAUUCAGCCAUGAAGACAAGCCAUCGGCUCCUCCUGGGUUUGACUCAGUCCCCGCUCCCCCGCCCGGGUUCUCUAUCACUCUCAACUCUGUGGCUCGUCCUCCCAGCAACAGUCUUACUUUCACAAGCAGCAGUGGACAGAACUACCCAAUAUCACCCACUGGAGAAGUGAAGCGAGUGUACUCCUAUGUGGCUCCUGUGGAUAUGAAACGCCGCAACACAAAUCUUGUACAGAGAGUGACGGAGGUACUCAAGACCAAACAGGCUCUGGACGAGUUCCUACAGAUGUCAGCGCUUUUCAGACAAGACACUAUCAAUGCACAGACAUACUAUGAACACUGCAAGCAGGCCAUGGGGGACAAGUUCUUGGAAGUGUUCCCAGAACUGCUGGUCUUACUACCGGACAUUAACAAACAGCAGGAACUCUGGAAGGUAGCUGAGCGGAGGAAGGAGUGGAGGCUGCAAGUGUGUGCUGUCUGCUCUCAGGUCGUGGCGACGUCGGAGUUCAAACUCCACCAUACUACUCACUCGCUAGACAACCACUUCCCCACACUGUCCAAUGGAGUCACUUCUACGAGCAACGCAUGGAAGAAAUAGCAAAUAAAACUCCACUAAGAGUCUUGCCACUUUGUCAAUAUUAUAAUCUCUCUUGAGUUUGCGAUUGUUUGAAACCAAACAUGAAUUAAAAUUGUUAUCGAGUCAGUGAGAGGUGUUUGGGUUAAAAGAAUAUUGUUAAUUUUAUCGAAAUAGUCGAGCUUGAAAUAUUUAAUAUUUAUGUUGUUAUUUAGUGGCGUGGCACUUAACUGUGUACAUUUCCAGCCAUAUUUUGCUCAUUGUUCUAUGUAAAUAUUUGUGUUUUAAUAUUUUUAUAAAAGGUAGUUUCAGGGUCUUGUCACAAUCAGUUUCAAUUAUAAAUGUUUCUAACUUUAACAUUUUGCCAGAGAUACGUUUAUUAGCUUUGAAAGAUAACAAUUGAAUCUCUGUUAUGUUUCUUUUUAAAGACCCGGUUUCUGGAGUUCUUUACUAUAAAAUUAUUGUUUGUCGAAACAGCUUGAAUCUAAACCAAGAACUGUUUUUGAAUGUAGCAAGUUUUUAGAACCAUUUGGUAUGGGGGGAGGUUCUUUCUUCUAAGGGUCUAGAACAGAACAGUAUGAGAAAACUGUGAGAAUGAGAGUAUUUUCAUUUUGAAUUGAAUUUGUUUCCUAAGUUCAUAAUGUAAGCUGUACCUUAUAUAAUUAAGAAGUCAAUCAAUAUAACAUAAUCUUUUUGUGCCAUCUACCAUCAAUAUUAAAGUAGGCUAUCUAAUUUUUGUGUUAUCUACGCCAAUGGCAUUUUUUUACGUUUUGAAAUGGAACUGUUCAAAACCUGGUCCUGUUACGAUCUAAUAUCAACCUUUUAGUUAGAUAGCAUAAUUAAUUCAUAGCCAAAUGACUAAUGGCAUCUGGGUAUGGGAACGAUCUUGCUUGGAAUUGAACCAACAACCUUCAGAUUUGAAGACAAGCACUAACUUUUUAGUUAUUCAUUUAUUCAAGCAAUUAUUACUCUUUUUGAUCCACCACGUUUAUUUACCCUGCCAGUGACAGUUGUGAAUGAAAAAUUGAGUUCAUGCCUUGAUGAAAAAAGCAGAAGUAUCAAACCAGCUUGGAAUUAAAGAUGGUUGGGAUGUCAGAUACGUUUACUUAUAGCGCAACGACUGAGUUAAACUAGCUAAUCUGGUAAAAAAUGUGUUCCAAUUUUCCCUGAUACUACCUGUCUUAUCAAUUUUAUUUCUGAUAAAUAUACUGAAAUGAAUUUUAAUUCAUAAAUCAUUAGUUAACAAAUAGGGGUUUUCUUUUCAUUUGAAAAUAUACUACUUUAACUUUGUAUAAAUAUUAUAUUAACUAUUAACAUUAUAUUACAGUUUAAGGUUACAGACUUAGACAAGAUUGUUUUUUUGUUACAUUGUAUAUUUUGCUUGAUGAGGAUAUGUAUUCUUAAAAUAUAUUUUUUUGAAAGCUAUUUUAGUAGAACAGAGUUAGUUAUGAUUUGUCAGUGUACAAUUUUCUGGAGUGAUAAAACUUAUUAUGGAAAGAUAAAUCCAAUAUUCUAAUUAACUUAUCAACUAGCAGUUACAAGAACAUUGAUGUCCAGUCUUAGAAAUUUAAUUGAAAUUAAAUUAAACUAUUAUUUGAAAAAUAAAAUGUCCAAGCCACUUGAAGAUAUUUUAAUUUUACUUUAGUUUUAAUUUUUAAUGUCUCAAUCAAUUGUGUGUCUUAAAUACUCUCAUGCCUUAUGAUGUAAACUUUUUGGGGUUUGAUUGAAGCACUUGCUGGUAAUUUGAAAAAGAAGCGUAUUUUCAAGUGUUAUCUAGUUCAUUUCCAGAAGUCGGACAUAAAGAUCAAUUGUUUGUGUUGAGUUUUACUAUGAGAUAACUUAACUAGAUUUUAUGGUUCCAUAUAUGUAUAUUAGAAACAUUCUUUAGUGUUUGGUUGUUUUGUAAUUAUAUUUUAUUACUAAUUUUAGAUAUUUAUUUUAGUUCUUUAGUGUUUUGAGCAGCUGAAGAAUAUUUUUGAGCUUACGGUUAACAAUAUUUUCAGUGGUAAACGUAUUUCGAAACAAAUAUUAACAUUUAUGCUUAUUAAACUUAACUUUCCUUGUAAAAAAUAUAUAUUAAAAUUAUUUUUAUUGUAACUCUUGUGUUAAGAGAAGUUUUUAAAAUUACUCAAUCUAUAGCUGGAAUUUUAUAUUUGAAAGUGAAAUAAUCCCUUACACAGCCUUAACAGUUCCGAUCCUUUAUUUUCAAAGAAGAUGAUAAAAAACAUGUUCAAUAUUUUGGUAACUUAUUGACUUUAAAAUAUGCGUUAUCAGCAAGGUUAAUAAAAUUACCCUUAACAUGUGUUCAUGUUUGUUUACUGCUUAAUUCAAUACUUCAAGUCUUUGGAGUCCCAUUUUCAUCAACUAAACAUGGGCUAAGGGUUAUGGGAUAUUAAUCAUUACAUUCUGCGAAUAAUUGUUCGGCUUCUAAACUAGCUCAAGAUGUACUUAUGUGUAAAUGUACAUAUGUUAAUAUACGUUGAGCAUUUUUUACUGUGUACAAAAUAUUUUAAAAAUUUCUCGGGGUACAAAUUCCCUUUGUUGUGAUAGAUUGUACAUUUUCAGAUUCGCUUUACAUAUUUUUCAAAUGUAAAAUGUAACCAUAAAAAUAUUUUGUAAAUUGUAAAGAAAGUUGAAUAAAGUGUUUAAAUAAUA